GUGCCAUUGGUCCGCGCGGUCGGGACUCGGGCGGCUGUUGUCGGGGUUCAAGGCGCUGGCCGGCUUCUCUUCCUCCGGCAGAGAGCUCCCUUUCUCCCGAAGUGCCCGGAGCUGCCACCCGAAGGGAUCCGGACCGAGCGAGGCCGCGGAACUGCACUGAGGCACCAUGACCACCCUGGAUGAUAAGUUGCUGGGGGAGAAGCUGCAGUACUAUUACAGCAGCAGCGAAGAUGAAGACAGCGACCACGAGUACAAGGACGGAGGCGGGGGCGCCCUGGCCGGCAGUUCGAUGCCUGUAGAUGCUGAGUUGGCAGGCGAAGGCAUCUCAGUUAACACAGGUCCAAAAGGUGUGAUCAAUGACUGGCGCCGCUUCAAGCAGUUGGAGACAGAGCAGAGGGAGGAGCAGUGUCGGGAGAUGGAAAAGCUCAUCAAGAAGCUGUCACUGAGCUGCAGAUCCCACCUGGACGAAGAGGAGCAGCAACGGAAACAGAAGGACCUGCAGGAGAAGAUCAGUGGGAAGAUGACUCUGAAGGAGCUGGCCCUGAUGAACGACGACCAGGACGACCAGGAGUUCCUGCAGCAGUACCGGAAGCAGAGGAUGGAGGAGAUGCGGCAGCAGCUGCACAAGGGGCCCCAGUUCAGGCAGGUGUUUGAGAUCCCCAGUGGGGAGGGGUUUUUAGACACGAUCGACAGAGAGCAGAAGAGCACCCUCAUCAUGGUCCACAUCUACGAGGACGGCAUCCCGGGGACCGACGCCAUGCACGGGUGCAUGGUCUGCCUCGCCGCCGAGUACCCGGCCGUCAAGUUCUGCCAGGUGAAGAGCUCGGUGAUCGGGGCCAGCAGCCGGUUCACCAGGAACGCGCUUCCCGCCCUGCUCAUCUACAAGGGGGGCGAACUCAUCGGCAACUUUGUUCGCGUCACCGACCAGCUGGGCGAAGAUUUCUUUGCCGUGGACCUCGAGGCCUUUCUGCAGGAAUUUGGAUUGCUCCCGGAGAAGGAAGUGUUGGUGCUGACGUCAGUGCGUGACUCUGCCACCUGUCACAGUGAGGACAGCGAUCUGGAAAUAGAUUGAGCCGAUAAUCUAGCGGCACGGAUUUCUCACUGUUUGGGCUGGAAGACGUCGCAGCUCUGUGUUUAUUUUCAUUCCUUCUUGUGUCUUCUGGCUUCACAGCUAUUCUUCAUAGUUCCCUUUUGUUAUGUGUCAAGUCAAGACAUCCUUAGAUUAAAUCAGAAUGCUAAAUCAUCUUGUGGCUAGCAAGAAAGUGACUUAAAAUUGUAUAAACAGGAAGCCAGGCUUUUGAACUGUUUACCUAAGAUUCUCCAGUAUGACAUCGUUGCUGUUUCCAGUCAAUAUUUACAUAGCAUCCUAAAGACAGUGUCCUGGAAAUUGUCUUCAGAUGAUCUCAAAUGCCUGCCCCAGGUCUGAGAGUCUAAUUCUAUAGUUAGUGUGUUAUUGGCAACAUAAAUAGUACAUUUCCUUCAUCAAAUGAUUGUAAAUUAUAUUUAAUUGUAAUCAGACCCACAGUCCAAGAAGGCAGAGACCCUCUGUUGGGGUCUUAUUUUAAGGUUCCAGACAAUGUGUGCUUGGCCCAUCAAGAGGGGCGACCUCUGCUGCUGGGGUCGAUGUGCCCCUCAAGCAUUAAGUCUCUAGUAAGGGGAAGGUUCCAGGCUGACCACCCUGUUGAUGCUGGAAGACUAGUUUCACUUACAAAUGAGAGCUGGGUGGAGCUGGAAAGCCUUUUGAAAGGAGGAUCUUUCCAUAACAUACUCCUCAUCUCUUUCUCUCUCUUUUAUUUAACAAAUUAAUUUUUUUGUUUAAUGUAGAUUUCUUUAAAAACUUUCCUCCCAAGGUGUUUUCUUUGUAGACAUUUUGUUUGUUGUUAAAACAGUGGGAUCAUUCUGGACGUGCUCUUUAUAGUAUGGUUAGUCAAUAUAGCAAACUUUUUUUCAUGUUAUUAAAUAUUCUCUGCAACAUUUUUUAAAUGGCUGUUGAUAUUCCAUUGUGUGGAUGUGCUGCAAUAUGCUCAUCAGUUGUCUCUUAAAAAGAAAAAUAGCACAGACUUUUUAUUACAGAAGUAAUAGAUGUUCAUUGUAGAAAAUGUUAUAAAAAUUAUUAAGCUAAAAAGAGGUUUAAAAGCCUUAUAAUUCCACUAACCAAAAAAAAAAUCCAUUAUCAUUUGACAGGUAUCUUUCUCAUCUUGCUGUGUAUGUAUAAUAAUGAUUGUCAUUGAUGUGUUUUCCUCUUGUUUUUUUUUUUUUUGCUUUAAAAAAAUGUAAAUUUUAGGGUCAGGGAAAUAUAAUCUGGAAUUAAAUAUUAGCUUUAAAAGUCUCAGUUUUGCUUUUUCUGGCUGUUUAGGAAUUGACUAGCUUUACCAUGGGUCUUGAAAAUAUCUAUUGUAGUUAAUCAACAAAAAGAAAGUGCUUGGUUUUUCUGAUUAUAAAAGCUCAUUGUAAAAGUGUGGAAAGUACAGAACAUUAUUAGAAUCAGAGACAACUGUUGUCAAUGUUCUAGUGUAUUUCCUUUUAGUCUUUUUAAAUUGUUUUUAAUAACAUUGAGAACUUACUGAAUUUAGUUAUAUGCUAUGUUUUAUUUAAUAUAUCAUAAAUACUUUGCGUUAUAAAAAUUCUAAAUAAAUAAUUUUUAAUGGCUUCA